CCGAGGAAUGUGCUGCAGAACUCAGAAGCCAUUUUGAGAUGAUGUACCUAUUGAGAAAGCCUAUGAAGAUGCAGAAAUCAACGAACAUGGUUACAUUUCUGUCUGUUUCUCCCUCGGUUUCCUCUAUUUCACCUUGGCAGCUGUCAACCGACGGGACAUUAGCAAAGCGGGGUAUCAAGCUGUGCUCACAGAGUUAAAACGUCAUUGAUAUGAAAGAGGAGAGUGUCUGUUUACUGUCUCUGUCGAGACAUGUAACACCGUGAGUUUUUUCCAGUCUGAAAUCUUGCAGCAUCUCUCAUAACCCAACGUCUCCUUGAGUGACUGAGUUAAUUCACUCUUGUACCGGAGAGAAGGGAGGCAGAUCCGCUGUCCAAUGGCUUCUGUGAGCCUUGUUUCCAGUCCCCCAGCCCCUGUUCUUGACAAAAACAUGACAGACUCUGAGCUUGCAGGGGAUGAAAGAGAGGAUGGCGAACUGGAAGAUGGAGAAAUAGAUGAUGAAGGGAUUGGAAUUGAAGAGGAAAACAAAGAGGCUACAGAAGUGAAUGAGGACAAAGACAAGGAGAAGGAAAAAGAGAAAGAAAAAGACAAGGCUAGAGAAAAAGAAGAAAAGACUCACAGGCAUUCCAGGAAAAGAUACAAAAAGACCAGAGAGAAGAGGAGGUCUAAAAGGAGGAGACAUGACAGACCGAAACAUCACUCCCCUUCCAGCAGCUCCAGCUCUGACAGUUACGACUCUGACUACGACCGACCAGAAAGGCCCAAAAACAGGAAGAACCAGGGAUCUAGCCGCGAGUCCGAUGGCCAGUCCUCUCAGCACGGGCGAGAUUCAAAGGGAAGCCACAACAAUUCACAGAAGUCGCCGCUACACAAGACCAGCGAGUUUGACAAAUACAGCGACUACAGUGAUGACAAAUAUGAUUAUGAUGAAGAAGAGGAUGAUUAUGAAGAUGACAUGUCUGAGUAUCAGCAGUCAAAAGAUUCAUCCUCCCCAAGUCAGGGAAAGCGAUACCAUGCUAAAGACCAGAUGAAGAGAGGAAGUAUGAGGGGGCUGAAACAACAGCAGUUUGGGCAGAGGGGAAGAGGUAGGGGGAGUGGACCAGGAAGGGGACGAGGGAUGCUCAACAAGAACAAGAAGCUGAAGGGCAAACCAUGGGGAGGACGUGGAAGAGGUCGAGGAGGAGACCAGGGCAUGGAAGACAUGGCACUGGAAGGAAAAAAUCCCUCCGCUUUUCAGAAAAAACGGCCAAUUAUGAGCAAGGAGUUCAUCAAUCAACACACAGUUGAACACAAUGGCAGAUACAUCUGCAAGUAUUUCCUGGAAGGUCGAUGCAUCAAGGGGGAACAGUGCAAGUUUGAACAUGAACUUGUUAUACCAGAUAAGAAAAAGGAACUUUGUAAAUUUUACCUCCAAGGAUACUGCAGUAAAGGAGAUAAGUGCAUUUAUAUGCACAAUGAAUACCCAUGCAAGUUCUUUCAUACUGGAGCCAAAUGUUAUCAAGGGGACAACUGCAAAUUUUCCCAUGAGGUUUUGACCGAUGUGACCAAAGAGCUGCUUGAUAAGAUAAUUAACACUGAAGAGGAGAACGCUCGUGAAGAUGAGUUGGAGCUAGAGGAUCUGAGAAAACAGGGUAUCAUCCCACUUCCGAAGCCGCCUCCUGGGGUGGGGUUGCUGCCAACUCCCGGUCAGAGCAGCCCUACUGAUGGAGCCUCUGGCCAAGCGGGGAAGAAGAUUCCCUCCCUGUUUGAAAUCAAGGUUCAACCUACUGUAGACCUAGCACACAAAAUUGGUCUGAGUGGAUCCAACUUCCCCCAGACUCAGGGUGAAGGCACCACCUCAUUUAGUGGAGGUGCAGAGGAUGCACAGAGUGGAGCUAUGUUGCCUUCAGGCCCCUCUGCUUGUUCCAUUCCUCCCCCUGGAUCACCUGGUUCCAUGAGUCACCCCACUGGACCACCCAUGCCACAGAGCCCCCCAGGACAGCACCCACCACAUGAAUUUCCAGUGCAGCCGCAGAUCCCUUCCAGCCAACCUCCACCCUUCCAUGCAACCAGACCCAGUACCAACCCUCAGAUGAAUAUGCAGAGGCCCCCUUUCCCUCCUAUACCAGAUGUACAGAUGUUGCAAAGUCUCUUCCCCUUUCCAUCAUUAGGUCAGAACCCAGCAGAGUUUAUCGGCAGCUUUCUCCAUAACCAGGCUAUGGGUCAACAAGACCCUGGUCUGGCCUUCAUAACAAACCUCCAGCAGCAGAUGGGUGCAGAGUCACAGUUGCAGUCUUUACCAUCAGCAAUACAGAAAGCGAUAUUUUUACACCUGACACUGCAACAGCAGCAGCAACAAGAGGAACAUCCACAGGGGAGUGAGCCACAGAGAGCAGAAGGCCAGGAUGAUAACGCAAACAGAGAUGAAACUACAAACUGGUACUCGAGUGAUGAGGAGGAUGGGAGCUGUGUUGCCUCCAUUCUGAAAUCUCUUAAGAAACAGAAUGAGAUGCAGCUGUCUCAGACCAACCCCACCCAGGCUGCUGCAGUGGCUCCACCACUGGGUGAUCCUCGGCUUGUGAAGGAGAGGGCCCCACCCAGUGACCCUCGUAUGAAGACAGACCCUCGACAGCGACCCCCUGAUGUAAAAAAGGAGUCAGAUGGGGCUGCAGAUCCACGGUUCUCCAGAGACCCCAGGAAGAUGAGACUGAUGGAGACAGGUUCCUCUCGCCUGCAGAGCCACCCUGUGCCUCAGAAACCUCCUGCAGGAGAGGAGGAGGAUGAUGGAGAGCGGGAGCUCAGGGACAGAGCUGUUCUCAUCCCUCUAGAGGCCAGCCCCAGUGUGGUACUGCGGGACCCUCGUUGUCAGUUAAAGCAGUUCAGCCACAUUCGGGUGGACAUUCUGCUCCAGCGACCUGCCUUUGCUCAAACAGUGGUAUGGGCCCCUGAGGACCUCAUCCCAUCCCUGGUGCCCAAACAGGAACACUCCAUCAACCUGCCACUUCCACCCCUAAUUGCUGAUGCUCAGAUGAACCGAGCAAGCCUGCCUGACCAUCCUCCCAUCUCCAGUCCUCCACUGUCUGAUCCGAGACUGGCUACUGCACGUUUGAAAGAACGUCUCAGUCGACUGGCUUCCGGAUCUCUAGAGUCUCGAUCCUCCACUGAGAGACCUGUGGAUCCUCGACAGCAAAAGACUCUGGACCCCAGACUCAAGCGUACAGGAAGUCUGGACUCCAAGCUACUCGGUCAGAAAGAGCCCUCGUCUGGGGGUGGAGUUGUUGACCCUAGGUUACAGAAGGCCAGUGCCAACUCUGCUCCUCACACUGCCAGAGCCAAGCCAGAGCCUGAGAGGUUACCACCGUAUGCCCCUCGUCUAGCAUCCUCUGGAGUUGGGCUGGAGAGUCCUACUACAAUUCUUGGGGGCAUCAGUCUGUAUGAUCCUCGUACUCAAACAGAGCCUACUCAGAGGGAGCAAGCAGAGCCUCCUAAAAAGGCAGGGAUUCUGAAACACCCUGCAAAGAAAGACAUUACUCCACCCUUAUCACUCUCACCAACUCAACGAAGUGGCUUAUUCGAGGAAGCCAAAAGCACAGAGGCUGUCUCAGAUCAGACUCCACCCUCUGGUUCUCCCACUGUGCCUCCAGCCUCACUUGUCAAACCCCCUGCAGUUCAUAACCUCCCCAUCCAGGCACUGGCUGGGCUAAUCCGACCCCAGUACACCGACACCAGGCAGGCCAAAUUAGGAGGACAGGGCUCUACAGGAGCACAAGAAGAAGCAGAAGAAAAGAAGGAGCAGGAAGAGACUAUGGAGGAGGAACCAAAACAGGAGGAUCCAGAGGAGGAGGAAGAUGACAGAACACUUAAAGAUGUGUUCAAGACUUUUGAUCCCACUGCUUCACCUUUCUGUCAGUAAACACUCCAGUAUGAAAAUACAGAGUUUCAUAAGGUUUGUACGAAUGAGACACAUCUAUUAAUCAUUAUUUAGCUUUACACAAAUCUAUUUAUUUCUGUAUAUAAAUGAUGGUGUAUAGAGUCACAUAUAAUUACUAGUGCACCACACAUUUGACAGUAUGGAGGUGAUGCUGGAUAUGUGCACAAAUGCACUGAAGAGGUCCUUUUAAAAUAAUUAAUGCAGAAAAGUGUUUUAAAAGUGCAUAUGUUAAAGUCUUGGUCAUUUUUAUGAAUGCUAUAGACCUGAAAGAAAAAAGAUUUUACUAAGAACGGGUUCAUAUGUUAUUUACUAAACUCUGUAUUUGUUUCUGGCAUUACACCCGGUAGAAGUUAUCAUUCACUCAAGUAAUCAAUUGAGAAAUUAUGAGAAUUGCCUUGAGAAUAUUUGUAUUUACACAUUUAUUCCAAGGCACUUGUGCUCACUUAAGGGAUUUUUUUUUGUCAACAUGGUAUGAGAAAAAAGAAUUCGUGCGGGUACUUUUGACUAAGUUUGCCUGAAAGUUACAGACACAGUACGUGUGCUGAUGUUGAGAUGCAGAUAUUCAUGUGUUCCUUGCUUAAAUUACAGUACAGUAAAGUCCACUGUUAAGCUAGCUUGCAGAGGCUUUUGUCCCAUUUGAGACAGUUCCCUUUUUAUCUGAGAAGAAACGUUGUAUAAUUUUGUAACAUUGCAGCUGUUCAAUUUCAAGUUUUGUACAUUGUUGGACUUCACUAUAAAUGGCCUAAACCUGUUGAGGAUGUUACUCUUAUAAGCCUUUUAAACUUGCUAGCAGUAAAUGGAUGUUAAUUGUAAUUCCUCAAAACAUUCACUGCUAGCAAGCUUGUAAGUAGCUCUUGAAAUGUCAGUCUUUUUUAUUUUUUCCUCAAAACAUAUCUUUAUCAGAAUAAGAUGUUAAGAAGGUAUUCUAGUGUAUCAUGCAAAGAUAGAAAUACUAUCUUGGUGAUAAUGCAGAUAUAUCAAGGGGACAUUACCUUGUAGUUUGUUUUAACUGACAGCUCUGUAAGCUCGGAAAGUUACUCUUGUUUGACUGAGAUUAAGCUAUUUACUUUUCUAUUGUUUUCAUAACUGACAUUGUAAAUGCUUAUUUUGUAUCACAAGUAAAGUGUGUUUUUGAGUGUUAUAAUGAAUAAUGCUUUAUUUUUUCCUGUUAGU